UUGGUCAAUGAGAAACAACUUUGUGCUGGAUUUAACAGCACACAACUGAAGCAACAAAUGUCGUUUGGGAAUUCCAAUGAAUCCCUUUGCAAUUUCAACAUCUCUGAAUAUGCCUGUUCCUCAACAACCCUUCUGUCAGCGGACAACUUGGUGACGAUCCUGAAAUGCCAAUUGUCCAGCAAAAAUACUUACUCAACAGAAAUGUGGAAGCUGUUCUUCCAAAACAAUGCUGCUAUUCUGGACCAGGCUCUUCUGGAUUACUCCAGCAUGAACCCCAACACCAGCAGUCCAGCUAUGCCAAAUGUCCUUGAUGCCAUUGGAGAUGUCAAACUCAACAACUUCAUGAAUGCACAGCUGAACAACGCCAGUUUCGUUGACAAGUUGUUCCAGAAGAUGCUCCGUCCAUUCUUGGCAUCUCCAUCUAGGAAUUUCCUCUCCUGUCUCAGCUCAAAGAACUUCAGUUGUCAGACCUACCAAAUUGUCAUUGAGGCUCUAAGCAACCAAUCAGCCUCCAUGGACAGAGACCAACAACGAGUGAUCUUCACUCAUUACAUCUAUCCAUUCCUUUCAAGAAAUGACUCAUCAGAUCCCGGCUGUGUCUCAAACACCAGUGGAAGCAUGGACUGGCUCCAGAGGAACUUUGGCAUCUUUUCUGUUUUUGCAGAACUGCAGGAGUUACAAGUCCUUAAUCCCCACUUCUCCAGCAAGGAAUCACUGUCGCUGCUUACCCCAACCCAAGUGGCACAAUUGACAUUGACCUCUGGGGCAUUGAAUGACACAGAUGACAUUAAACUUGUGUUCACGCGGCUGGAGGAAGGAGACGCUUUCAAAAAUGUUGACGAGUUUCUGACACAACUGACCGUAAAGGAAGAGAUUCCUGACAUCCAUCCAGCCGUGAGAGAUGUGAUGAUGAAUCAGACGUUCAACAUCAUCAGCCUUCAAUUCCCAGAGUUCGAAACGCUGGACUGGAUUGCAUGGUUCGAAGUAAAGCUGAUUCCCAUCCUCCCCAGUUUUAAUGAAGUCAUGCUCACCAUUGCUACCUCAAACGUCAACUGCACCAACUACCAAGUCAUUGUAAAUGGAAUGGACAGAGCUUUCCCUGAAAUGACUCAGGAUAGAAGAGAAGGAAUCGCAAGAGUCCUGCUGAAAUACCUGAGGAAAUCUGUGCACCUCAUCAAUGGACCAGCUUGCAGGCAGGACAUCCACGAUGACAAUGACUGGCUUGCAAUCAACCUGGGUUCAUACUCCGAGUACACAACCUAUUCGGAUCUCAAAGACUUCAACAUCUCAGGGGUGGCAGUUCUAGACUCCCUCUCACCAAACCAGAAAGCUGAAUUGAUACUGGACCCAAGCACUGGCGCUCUGGAGAAUGAGACUCUUGUGAAGAACGUUUUCAUCAGCUUGCUGGAUUCUCCAAGGGAAGAGCAGCUCAAUGAGUUCUUUGUGACUUUUGUUGAAGUCACCAAGCAGGAAAACAUCACUAUCAUCACAAACACAGCCGUAAGAGACACAAUGCUAGACCUGACCUUAAUGGCUCUUGCUCCCAAAUUCAACGUUUUUGAGCCAAAAGACUUCCAGCUGUGGUUCCAAGUCAAUCUGGUUGUUCUGCUGGCCAGCUUCCAUCCUGGCAGAUUGGUUGAUAUCCCCCUAAACAUCACCUGUGAAUCCUACAAUGCCAUAUUUACGGGUCUCGACCAAAGUUUGGAAUCUCUUCCGCCUCACUUCUCACAGGGUGUAAAGUCAAGCUUGGUUGCACUGAUGAAGACAUUCCAACGUUGCUCAAGGCCUCCAGCUUUAAUUGUGUGCAAAGAAACAUUGGUCAAUGAGAAACAACUUUGUGCUGGAUUUAACAGCACACAACUGAAGCAACAAAUGUCGUUUGGGAAUUCCAAUGAAUCCCUUUGCAAUUUCAACAUCUCUGAAUAUGCCUGUUCCUCAACAACCCUUCUGUCAGCGGACAACUUGGUGACGAUCCUGAAAUGCCAAUUGUCCAGCAAAAAGACUUACUCAACAGAAAUGUGGAAGCUGUUCUUCCAAAACAAUGCUGCUAUUCUGGACCAGGCUCUUCUGGAUUACUCCAGCAUGAACCCCAACACCAGCAGUCCAGCUAUGCCAAAUGUCCUUGAUGCCAUUGGAGAUGUCAAACUCAACAACUUCACGAAUGCACAGCUGAACAACGCCAGUUUCGUUGACAAGUUGUUCCAGAAGAUGCUCCGUCCAUUCUUGGCAUCUCCAUCUAGGAAUUUCCUCUCCUGUCUCAGCUCAAAGAACUUCAGUUGUCAGACCUACCAAAUUGUCAUUGAGGCUCUAAGCAACCAAUCAGCCUCCAUGGACAGAGAGCAACAACGAGUGAUCUUCACUCAUUACAUCUAUCCAUUCCUUUCAAGAAAUGACUCAUCAGAUCCCGGCUGUGUCUCAAACACCAGUGGAAGCAUGGACUGGCUCCAGAGGAACUUUGGCAUCUUUUCUGUUUUUGCAGAACUGCAGGAGUUACAAGUCCUUAAUCCCCACUUCUCCAGCAAGGAAUCACUGUCGCUGCUUACCCCAACCCAAGUGGCACAAUUGACAUUGACCUCUGGGGCAUUGAAUGACACAGAUGACAUUAAACUUGUGUUUACGCGGCUGGAGGAAGGAGACGCUUUCAAAAAUGUUGACGAGUUUCUGACGCAACUGACCGCAAAGGAAGAGAUUCCUGACAUCCAUCCAGCCGUGAGAGAUGUGAUGAUGAAUCAGACGUUCAACAUCAUCAGCCUUCAAUUCCCAGAGUUCGAAACGCUGGACUGGAUUGCAUGGUUCGAAGUAAAGCUGAUUCCCAUCCUCCCCAGUUUUAAUGAAGUCAUGCUCACCAUUGCUACCUCAAACGUCAACUGCACCAACUACCAAGUCAUUGUAAAUGGAAUGGACAGAGCUUUCCCUGAAAUGACUCAGGAUAGAAGAGAAGGAAUCGCAAGAGUCCUGCUGAAAUACCUGAGGAAAUCUGUGCACCUCAUCAAUGGACCAGCUUGCAGGCAGGACAUCCACGAUGACAAUGACUGGCUUGCAAUCAACCUGGGUUCAUACUCCGAGUACACAACCUAUUCGGAUCUCAAAGACUUCAACAUCUCAGGGGUGGCAGUUCUAGACUCCCUCUCACCAAACCAGAAAGCUGAAUUGAUACUGGACCCAAGCACUGGCGCUCUGGAGAAUGAGACUCUUGUGAAGAACGUUUUCAUCAGCUUGCUGGAAUCUCCAAGAGAAGAGCAGCUCAAUGAGUUCUUUGUGACUUUUGUUGAAGUCACCAAGCAGGAAAACAUCACUAUCAUCACAAACACAGCCAUAAGAGACACAAUGCUAGACCUGACCUUGAUGGCUCUUGCUCCCAAAUUCGACGUUUUUGAGCCAAAAGACUUCCAGCUGUGGUUCCAAGUCAAUCUGGUUGUUCUGCUGGCCAGCUUCCAUCCUGGCAGAUUGGUUGAUAUCCCCCUAAACAUCACCUGUGAAUCCUACAAUGCCAUAUUUACGGGUCUCGACCAAAGUUUGGAAUCUCUUCCGCCUCACCUCUCACAGGGUGUAAAGUCAAGCUUGGAUGCACUGAUGAAGACAUUCCAACGUUGCUCAAGGCCUCCAGCUUUAAUUGUGUGCAAAGAAACAUUGGUCAAUGAGAAACAACUUUGUGCUGGAUUUAACAGCACACAACUGAAGCAACAAAUGUCGUUUGGGAAUUCCAAUGAAUCCCUUUGCAAUUUCAACAUCUCUGAAUAUGCCUGUUCCUCAACAACCCUUCUGUCAGCGGACAAAUUGGUGACGAUCCUGAAAUGCCAAUUGUCCAGCAAAAAUACUUACUCAACAGAAAUGUGGAAGCUGUUCUUCCAAAACAAUGCUGCUAUUCUGGACCAGGCUCUUCUGGAUUACUCCAGCAUGAACCCCAACACCAGCAGUCCAGCUAUGCCAAAUGUCCUUGAUGCCAUUGGAGAUGUCAAACUCAACAACUUCAUGAAUGCACAGCUGAACAACGCCAGUUUCGUUGACAAGUUGUUCCAGAAGAUGCUCCGUCCAUUCUUGGCAUCUCCAUCUAGGAAUUUCCUCUCCUGUCUCAGCUCAAAGAACUUCAGUUGUCAGACCUACCAAAUUGUCAUUGAGGCUCUAAGCAACCAAUCAGCCUCCAUGGACAGAGAGCAACAACGAGUGAUCUUCACUCAUUACAUCUAUCCAUUCCUUUCAAGAAAUGACUCAUCAGAUCCCGGCUGUGUCUCAAACACCAGUGGAAGCAUGGACUGGCUCCAGAGGAACUUUGGCAUCUUUUCUGUUUUUGCAGAACUGCAGGAGUUACAAGUCCUUAAUCCCCACUUCUCCAGCAAGGAAUCACUGUCGCUGCUUACCCCAACCCAAGUGGCACAAUUGACAUUGACCUCUGGGGCAUUGAAUGACACAGAUGACAUUAAACUUGUGUUUACGCGGCUGGAGGAAGGAGACGCUUUCAAAAAUGUUGACGAGUUUCUGACGCAACUGACCGCAAAGGAAGAGAUUCCUGACAUCCAUCCAGCCGUGAGAGAUGUGAUGAUGAAUCAGACGUUCAACAUCAUCAGCCUUCAAUUCCCAGAGUUCAAAACGCUGGACUGGAUUGCAUGGUUCGAAGUAAAGCUGAUUCCCAUCCUCCCCAGUUUUAAUGAAGUCAUGCUCACCAUUGCUACCUCAAACGUCAACUGCACCAACUACCAAGUCAUUGUAAAUGGAAUGGACAGAGCUUUCCCUGAAAUGACUCAGGAUAGAAGAGAAGGAAUCGCAAGAGUCCUGCUGAAAUACCUGAGGAAAUCUGUGCACCUCAUCAAUGGACCAGCUUGCAGGCAGGACAUCCACGAUGACAAUGACUGGCUUGCAAUCAACCUGGGUUCAUACUCCGAGUACACAACCUAUUCGGAUCUCAAAGACUUCAACAUCUCAGGGGUGGCAGUUCUAGACUCCCUCUCACCAAACCAGAAAGCUGAAUUGAUACUGGACCCAAGCACUGGCGCUCUGGAGAAUGAGACUCUUGUGAAGAACGUUUUCAUCAGCUUGCUGGAUUCUCCAAGGGAAGAGCAGCUCAAUGAGUUCUUUGUGACUUUUGUUGAAGUCACCAAGCAGGAAAACAUCACUAUCAUCACAAACACAGCCGUAAGAGACACAAUGCUAGACCUGACCUUGAUGGCUCUUGCUCCCAAAUUCGGCGUUUUUGAGCCAAAAGACUUCCAGCUGUGGUUCCAAGUCAAUCUGGUUGUUCUGCUGGCCAGCUUCCAUCCUGGCAGAUUGGUUGAUAUCCCCCUAAACAUCACCUGUGAAUCCUACAAUGCCAUAUUUACGGGUCUCGACCAAAGUUUGGAAUCUCUUCCGCCUCACCUCUCACAGGGUGUAAAGUCAAGCUUGGUUGCACUGAUGAAGACAUUCCAACGUUGCUCAAGGCCUCCAGCUUUAAUUGUGUGCAAAGAAACAUUGGUCAAUGAGAAACAACUUUGUGCUGGAUUUAACAGCACACAACUGAAGCAACAAAUGUCGUUUGGGAAUUCCAAUGAAUCCCUUUGCAAUUUCAACAUCUCUGAAUAUGCCUGUUCCUCAACAACCCUUCUGUCAGCGGACAACUUGGUGACGAUCCUGAAAUGCCAAUUGUCCAGCAAAAAUACUUACUCAACAGAAAUGUGGAAGCUGUUCUUCCAAAACAAUGCUGCUAUUCUGGACCAGGCUCUUCUGGAUUACUCCAGCAUGAACCCCAACACCAGCAGUCCAGCUAUGCCAAAUGUCCUUGAUGCCAUUGGAGAUGUCAAACUCAACAACUUCAUGAAUGCACAGCUGAACAACGCCAGUUUCGUUGACAAGUUGUUCCAGAAGAUGCUCCGUCCAUUCUUGGCAUCUCCAUCUAGGAAUUUCCUCUCCUGUCUCAGCUCAAAGAACUUCAGUUGUCAGACCUACCAAAUUGUCAUUGAGGCUCUAAGCAACCAAUCAGCCUCCAUGGACAGAGAGCAACAACGAGUGAUCUUCACUCAUUACAUCUAUCCAUUCCUUUCAAGAAAUGACUCAUCAGAUCCCGGCUGUGUCUCAAACACCAGUGGAAGCAUGGACUGGCUCCAGAGGAACUUUGGCAUCUUUUCUGUUUUUGCAGAACUGCAGGAGUUACAAGUCCUUAAUCCCCACUUCUCCAGCAAGGAAUCACUGUCGCUGCUUACCCCAACCCAAGUGGCACAAUUGACAUUGACCUCUGGGGCAUUGAAUGACACAGAUGACAUUAAACUUGUGUUCACGCGGCUGGAGGAAGGAGACGCUUUCAAAAAUGUUGACGAGUUUCUGACGCAACUGACCGCAAAGGAAGAGACUCCUGACAUCCAUCCAGCCGUGAGAGAUGUGAUGAUGAAUCAGACGUUCAACAUCAUCAGCCUUCAAUUCCCAGAGUUCGAAACGCUGGACUGGAUUGCAUGGUUCGAAGUAAAGCUGAUUCCCAUCCUCCCCAGUUUUAAUGAAGUCAUGCUCAUCAUUGCUACCUCAAACGUCAACUGCACCAACUACCAAGUCAUUGUAAGAGGAAUGGACAGAUCUUUCCCUGAAAUGAGUUUGGGUAGAAAAGAAGGAAUCGCAAGAGUCUUGCUGGAAUACCUGAGAAGAUCUGUUCACCUCAUCAAUGGACCAGCUUGCAGGCAGAAAAUCCACAAUGAUGCUGACUGGCUUGCAAUCAACCUGGGGCCAUUCUCCGAAUACGCAACCUAUUCUGAUCUCAAAGUCUUCAACAUCUCAGGGGUGGCGGUUCUAGACUCCCUCUCACCAAACCAGAAAGCCGAGCUGAUACUGGACCCCACAAACCUGGCAAAUGAAUCUCUUGUGCAAGAGGUUUUCCUAGGGGUUCUGGGAUCUUCAGGUGUGGCGGAGAUUGGUCAAUUUUUCCAAUCAUUUGUGGAGGUUGCUUUAAAGAGAAACCUGACAGCUAUUGAGCCAGGACUGCGAGACACCCUGUUAAACCUGACACUGACGGCACUCGCCCCCAAAUUGCAGACACUAGAUACUCUGGGAUUCAAGCUUUGGUUCCAGGUCUAUCUCCCGUUAUUCCUCCCAAGCAUUCAUCCUGGGACCUUUUCCGUCAUCCCAAGGAAUAUCAGCUGUGACUCCUAUAGUGCAAUCAUCAAGGGCUGUGAUAAUGUGAUCACUAGGUUGUCGCUGAUCCAGUCCCAGCAAGUCUUCGUGUUCACCAAGGAUUAUUUGACAGGCCAAUCCAUUGAAGGAUUUUCCUGUGUGAAGACUGUGAGAGAUGACAGGGAUUGGCUCGGAAGCAACUUUGGACAAUUCCGGGUCUAUGCUUCCUAUGUGGACUUUGUGACCCUGAAGAGUGAUUUCAAUGGAGUGAAAGCAGCAGAUCUCCUCACUCCCAUCCAGCUAGCUCAGCUCGCGACGAUUCCCUCCCAACUUGAAGGGGCACAGGAUGUCAACAAGAUCAUGGCAGCCAUCAGUCCGGCUAACUUUGGAUUGUUCUUGGACAUACUCUCACCUGCCAUUCAGAAACACAUGAAGAACUACACAGCAGAGGUGAAAUCAGCUUUCCUCCAGGUGGUGCUGGACAGCGGGAACCUGUCCUCCACCACCAUCAACGACACACAAUUCCUCGUUUGGCUCAGGGUUCGGCUGAACCCCCUCUUGCUGAACCUCUCAUCCAAUCAAGUGACACCACUCUUCCGCAUCAUGAAGGAUAGGGGCUGCAACAGCAGCCAAGAAGCAAUCUCAUUAUUAGACACUCUGCGGUCUACACUGACUAAAGACACACAGAGGGAAAUCUACAGCAAUACCUUACUCCUCCUGAAAGAGCCAACGCCACUGCGAUGCUAUGUAAACGGAAGCUUAUACUGGUUUUUGAGAAGCACGUUCCUUGGCUUUGGAUUCCCCGACCUGUCAAUGCUUUUCACGCUCAUGCCAGACACACGGCAACCUGAGCUCCUGAAUUCCAUAACCUCCUCUGAGCUGAGUCAGUUCCUCAGUCAACCUGAUGUGGUUGGCAACGGUUCCAACAUAUGUGCUGUCUUCAACAACUACGCCAAGACGCCUGUCUUCCUGGAAACAGAGGAAGUCCCUGAUGCUGUGAAGCAGCUGACCCUCCCCUGCGUCUGGUCUUUAGCGCUGAACAGCGGCAAUAGGUCAGAGGUGAAUGCCUGGUUUGACCUCAGACUGAAGAACUACUUGAGGUUCCUUACCAGGAGCCUCGUUAGCUCAUCUAAAGUGCAAAACGCCAGCUGUCUCGCAUUCCAGAAACUAGUCUCAGUCCUUGGAAGCGAUUUCAGCUACAACAGCUCUGACUUUGCACAGAGUGAUGUGUACAUCACCAUUAAGUCCUACCUGGGCACAGGUGGACCGAGGUGCUACAGCGCAAACGACCCCGAGCUGAACUCUACCGCCUGGUUUGUGAACUACAUCGGUGUUUUUGUGACCUACCUCUCUCUGGAGGACCUCAACACCUUUGUUACCGCGAGUCAGAUCAAUGUAUUCUUGGAGAACCAGGCCAAUAUCAAGCUCUUCAACAACACGGCUAUACCUGCUAACGUCACUUCCUACUACAUCACACAGCUAUACACACUGAACCCCACGUUCAACCCUCUGCAACUGCCUGGCUUCUUCCUGUGUGAGGUCCCAAGUACGGCCUAUAACUCCCUGGGCCAGACAGCCAGUAUGGAAAUCCUGGACCGUCUGCAGCUGUUCUGCAAUGGAACUAAAGACCCUCAGGUAUCUGCUGCACUGGUGGCUAAUUUCCACACUAUCACGGAGAGCACCCUAGCAGCCAUUGGGAACAGCAGCAGUGGCCUGACGACCACCCAGAUAUCCUCCAUCUCUUCCUCGGCACUCGUGUCGUCCCUGGCCACACUCGGCUCCGUGAGCGGCUGGAACCUGGGCCAGGCUAGUGCAGUCGUCCAGAGCAUCAUUACCGGAAGCUUCCCGAUCGACACUGCCUCCUCGUUGAUGUCGUUGGGCACACUCGUUGCGGGCGUUCCGUCAGCGGCGAUAGCGAGCAUCCCAGCCACUGAGCUGUUGACAGCAUCCCAGAGCUCUGUGUUUAUCACCAACAUGCUGGCUGCCCCACAGAUUGUACAGGAAACCUACGUCAAUAAGAUAAUCGCCAUCAACCAAAGCCCCAACGCGUUGGUUGUGAACGUACCUGAUGCCAUGGCCACACUGAUCCCCAGGGCUCUCCUGACCUUCUCUCAGGAACCUGUGGACGUACAGGCCAUUAACAGAAAGGCAUGGAAGCAAGAACAGGCUGUUAUAUUCUUCGGGGACGUAGCGAGCAACGCAAGCAUCGACUCGGAGGAGCUCUCUCCAUCCGUGUUGCAAGGGUUCACAUGUACAUCAGCACAGUCCAUGACAAUCAAAACGGUGCACAGACUGGUUCAUGCCUGCAGACCGAGGAUCCUUAGGGAGAAAGUGGCGCUGAAAGAAACACAGUUGACCUGCAUGUACAAUUUACUGAAAGACAACCUUGACCAGAGUUUUACAGACUAUCCAUCAGACAUGCUACUAUAUUACAACUAUGCAAAGGUUGAAAAAAGCAAUUGCAGGUCCUACUUCAAUGCGGCAGGUUCUGCAGACUUCUCUGUCCUCUCCAGCGUGCUGAACAAGGAUGAAAUGCUACUGGACAAUGCAAAAAGCUGCUUGGGAAUUAGUGAAGUGAGUCUUAGCAAAAACCACGUGGAGGUGCUGGGAAACAUGGUGUGCACUAUGAACGGCUCCUACAUCCUAAACUCUGACCCCUUCAUUCUGGAGAAACUGAAGAACUGCAAGGACUUCACCGAAGCUCAAGUCGCUGCCAUGGAAACGAUCCUCAUUUCAGGGACAACACAGUAUGGAAAAACAACUACAUGGAAUCAACAAACGUUGGAGAACCUUGAAACCCUGCCACUGUAUCUGACCCAAAACUUCUGGAGCCUGUUCACAACAGAGGUAAAAGGGAAGUUCCUCAAGUCCUUUAUGCCCCAGCUGAGGAAGCAGGAAACAGUGAAGAGGAAGCUGAAGACACUGUUCAAGCAGAUCAACUCAUUCAGCAGAUCCAAGCGGGGAGCAGGAUGCAUCACUGGCAACAUCACCCAGUCGGUCAUCGCAGACACCUCGUUCCCCUUUGGCUAUGACAUGACCCAGUUUGACCUCUGUCUGGACAUCAGCGUUCUGAAAGACAAUCUGGCCGCUUUCACUAAACAAGUCGAUGACAACAACUUCCAGAAGAUCAUUUUAGUCAAACUAAACCAGGCUUAUCCAUCUGGAAUUGUUGACGAGCAGCUUAAGGUGCUGGGCUCUGUGUCGCGUGUGGCCACUCUUGAUGACAUCACAAAGUGGAGCAUCACUAAAAUCGAUACACUGUCAGCACUGAUGGCCUUUGGUGAUGGUCCAUGGGAAACAGAGAAGAGUAAGGCAAUCAUCACAACAUACUUGAACACAUCAGGAAACUCCUUGGGGAGCUCUGAGUUAAAUGCCGUUGGUGCUAAUCUGUGUUCUCUGGAUGUGAGCGUACUGAAGACCAUCACGUCAAGCAGUCUGAAGAAUGCCAAUUCCCUGGACGUGACCUCUUGCUCCACUGAACAGAAGAGGGCUGUAUACGACAUCAGCAAGAGUUCUUUUAGCUCCCAGCGUAUCACUAAUCCAACAUAUUACCAACUCAUCAGCCCCUACCUAGGCGGUGCUCCCAUUGAAGACAUAAGGAGCCUUGCAGCUCAGAAUGUGAACAUGGACAUAACUACAUUCAAAGGUCUUGAGAGCACCGUAAUUCCCAGUCUGACCGUGAGCGAGGUGAAAGGAAUUCUGGGUGCUAACGUGGAUGAUCUGAAGACAUUUGAGAACGACACGGUUGUUCAUGCGUGGUUAAUCGCGCAGCCUCAAUCUGAUCUGGACUUGCUGCGGCUGGGUCUGACCGGAGGCAAAGAAACUUCCACGGCGGUGGUGCCGACAGCGGUGGUCCCCCUCAACACCACCAACACCACGCUGGCACACAACGCUGUCACAGCCAAGCCACUACCGAUCACCACAACUCAGAGUGGUGUCGGUAAUGGAGGAGCACAUCCAGAGAAAGACCUGGGAGCCCUCUCUCUCUGUCUGGCACUGGUCACCGUCAUCCUGCAGAUGAUGUGAGACGAGAUGAUGAGACCAUAGUGUGGGCCAAGCAUCUUCUAAAAUGAACAGCAACAACCUGUUUUACUUUUAGAAUUGUUGAAUCGUCUUGUACUACUUAUAACCAAGUUUACGAAUAUUUUAUUUAGCCAAUCACGUUUGAAUAAUUUAUUGUUUUUUGUCAUUCUUGUUUAGCAUCACUCUUGUACGUAAUUAUCACAAGUAUAUGUCUAUAUAUAUGUGUGUGUGUUCUUAUUUGAACAUUCCAUAAGAUUGCACAAUUACAUGUUUAUAUAUUUAAAUGAUAUUUUUGUCAAGGAAUGUAAAAUUCAUAAAGUAUGUACACCUGUCCUUGUACUUAACCCACAAAUAUGACCUAUGUAAAGUUAGGGCUCUAUUCAAUCAGUAUCGCUGGCCAACAGAAAUAUAAAGGUAGAUUCUGAUUGAGCUAAAAAAUAUGCAGUGUUUACCGCGAAUGCAGUCUCUGCUAACAUGGGAACGUUGCCUUUAAAUUUGAAUCACGCUGUAAUGGCGACCUUCCGUGAUACGGAUUAAAUAGAGCCCACUAUUCAUAUUUUUUCUUCAAAUUAAUAAAAAUGCAAAUAUAC